ACAGACGUGAGCAUCAUGGCCGUGGGUAAAAAUAAGGGUUUAAUCAAAGGCGGUAAGAAGGGCGCCAAGAAGAAGAUUGUGGACCCCUUCACCCGCAAGGAUUGGUACGAUAUCAAGGCCCCGUCCAUCUUCAAGGUCCGAGAUGUGGGCAAGACUUUGGUCAAUCGAACUCAGGGCACUAGGAUCGCUUCGGACGGUUUGAAGGGCCGCGUGUACGAGGUCUCGUUGGCGGAUUUGCAAAACGAGCAUGACGCUGAGCGCUCCUACCGCAAGUUCAGCCUCAUUUGCGAGGAGGUCCAGGGCAAGAAUUGUCUGACCACGUUCCACUCGUCCACCCUCACCACCGACAAGUUGAGGUCUAUGGUGAAGAAGUGGCAGACCCUGAUCGAGGCCCAUAUCGAUGUCAAGACCACCGAUGGCUACUUGCUGCGUCUGUUCUGCAUUGGGUUCACUCAAAGGCAGAGCCAGCAACGAUCCAAGACUUGCUAUGCCCAAUCCCAAAAGAUCCGUCAAAUCCGCAAGAAGAUGGUGGAUAUCAUCCAGCGUGAGGUGGCUGCCGGAGACUUGAAGGAUGUGGUGAACAAGCUCAUUCCCGACUCGAUCGCGGCUGAUAUCUCUAAGGCCUGCCAGGGCAUCUUCCCCCUUCACGAUGUGCACAUCCGCAAGGUCAAGGUGUUGAAGAAGCCCCGCUUCGACCUCUCCAAGCUCAUGGACUUGCACGGUGAAGGUUCCAGCAAGGGUGCCGUGGCCACCACUGACCCCACCACGGGUGAGGUUGUGGCCCGUCCCGACGGGUUCGAACCCCCUGUCUUGGAGUCGGUCUAGAGCCAAAAAUUCGUGUUAUGCUAAUAAAACCCAGAAAAAAAUAGGC